AUGGCAGUGUUAGUUUUGGGUGCUUGGGCAGCAUACACCAUUAUUUGUGUUGUUUUAUUUAUAUUUAGUAUCGCAUUCACAAGAUAUUAUCAAGAUAAACAUGAUAGUGAACGGCUUGCAACAAUAGUAGCAAUUUGUUCCUUAGCAUUAUGUUUAAGUACAGUUGCUUUGUUCCCUGUAGACAUAUUCUUAGUCUCAAGUACUGUUGAUUUGAGUACAGGAUUAAAACAUGAAUGGGCUACCAAAGAAGUUGUAGAAGGAAUUGUCCAUAAUCUUAAAUUCGUAUAUUAUGGAACAUAUGGAUUGAUUGCAAUUUUCUGUGCAUUUAUUAUUCCAUUUGCAUAUUUUUAUUUUGAAGAGCUUGAAGAAGAUCAAACAAAUUCGCAGCGCGUCACGGCAGCUUUGAAGUAUACUGCAUUCUUCGUGGCAUUUGUAUGCAUCUGUUUAUUGUUUGGAUUAAUUUUACAACCAUCGGAGAAAUUGCCACUUGAUUUAGAAUUUUUCAAGAAAUUAUUAGCUUCAAGUCUUGGGGAGAAUAGUAUUUCAUUUGUCAUAUCUAUUCUUAUGAUUCUCGGGAUGAUCGUGUUUAUAUGUUACACUGCCCCGGGACUUUUUCUUCUCCCAAUUGGAAUGAUUAAAGGUACAAAUAAAAUUAACUCUGAAUCUAGCUCAGAGUUGAGUUCUUCACUUACUUUAAAUCGUGAAAAACAAAGAAUUCUUAAAGCAAAGAAUUCGGGUCCAAACAAUAUGAUGUCAAGGAAAGAUGCAAAACAGUUUGAAAUUUUGAAAAAAGAAGAAAAACUAAUUACCGAGUCAAAUGGAAUUUGGAACAAGAUUAUGUUUAUCCUUAGGCCAUUUGAACUCAUAAUUGGCUUUUUGUUGACUAUAUUGACCAUUGUAAUACUCAUUUCAAUAUUCUUAACCUGUAUUGAUAAGGUCAAGAAUUCAAUUUGUGGAAGAGAAUGUGGAUAUAUUAUUAAUCAUCCAGAUAUCUUUAAUCCUCUUAAUUUUAUAUUCCUCAAAGCAGCUAAUUAUUUCCCUAUUGAUUAUUUCUUCAUGGUACUCCUUAUCCUGUACUUUUUCAGUAGCACUGUAUAUGGAGUUAUUUCAAUUGGAAUUCGUUUCUUAUGGGUACACCUUUAUAAGUUCCGUAAGAAUUCUACACCUCCUCAAGGUAGAAUUCAAAUUCUUUUUAGUCGAACCUGA